GAUUCCGAGCCAACGUUCCGAAUUCCGAGAUUUGAGUUUAAGGCUGAUGUUGGCCCAAGCGAGGUUUUAGAUUUAGCGUUCCCCGUAAUAGCUUCGGGUUGAUGCCACCUUUGACUUUGCAUGCUACAGCCAUAAGCUUCACACGCUUGUCACUCCUUUCCCUGGCUGUGCGUCUUUGCUGACAAUCGCAUUUGCGACUCUGCACUUUCUCUUGAACCUUCCCGCUUUUCCUAUUCGCAUUCUCAUUCAUCUCUGCUUCAUCCUACGUGACAGUCAUGGCGCGUUCCAAGUCGAAAACACCAGCUAAGCGCACCCCGUCUGAGGCGCGUAAGCAAGCCAAUGGCAUGGCCCACCAGCUAGACGACGCAGUUCAUUCCAUCGAAAAGCAGCUGGAGAAGCAGGCAGAACUUCAUGCUAGGGAUCCGCAUGAGCAAAAGGAGGCAGGGUUGAUGAUGCUGGCCAUCUGUGUUCUUGGGAUAUAUGCCAACUUUCUGGGCUGGGGUUAUCUUCAAGAACGUCUGACAACAACGACCCACGGUCCCAUGCACGCGCGCUGGGUGUACCCCGUUGCCCUCAACACUGUCCAGUCCACCUUCGCAGCCAUAACCGGCUACAUCUACCUGUUUUCGUCCGCGCCUCGCCACCCCAAGACAGGCGCACGUAAUGUCCCAGCCAUAUUUCCUUUCAAGCAGAUCGUCUUCCAAGUCUUUCUCAUCUCGGUGACGAGCAGUCUGGCCUCGCCAUUCGGAUACGCCAGUCUCAAGCACAUCGACUAUGUCACCUUCAUUCUGGCCAAGAGUUGCAAACUGCUUCCGGUCAUGUUCCUCCACAUUACCAUUUUCCAGAAGCGAUAUCCAUUUUACAAGUACAUGGUCGUUGGUUGCGUGACGUUGGGCGUCGCCGUCUUCACCCUUUACAACCCCUCGACAGCGAAGAAGGCAGCAAAGAAAGGACUCAAUGUGGACGCUUCGAAGACGUUGGGCUUGUUCCUUCUCGGUGUUAAUCUGCUCUUCGAUGGCUUGACCAACACCAUCCAAGACCAGAUCUUUACUAAAUUCAAAGGCUUCACCGGCCCGCAGAUGAUGUGCGCGCAGAACAUCAUGAGCACUGCAUUAACAGUCACGUACCUCAUUGUGUCUCCAUACAUUGCGGGCACACCCCUCGGCGAAUGGGUUGGCCUCUCUUCGUCUGGGAACGGCGAGCUUAAUGAUGCCAUCACUUUCGUCACCACAUACCCGAGCGUGGGCUGGGAUGUCCUCGGCUUCGCGGCGUGUGGUGCGGUUGGGCAGGUUUUCAUUUUCCACACGCUGGCCCACUUCAGCUCUCUUCUUCUCGUAACGGUGACAGUUACGAGGAAGAUGCUGACCAUGCUGACGAGUGUGGUGUUGUUUGGUCACACGGUCACGUCGAAACAGUGGGGGGGUGUUGCGCUCGUGUUUGGUGGCGUCGGGGCGGAGGCGUUCUUCAACAGGUUGGAGAAGAAGAAGAAGAUGCAAGCGAAGAAGCAAUAAAGGAGUCGGGUUGAGGUUCAGAGGACUGAAUGACCGCAACGUGCGUUAAGAUUUAGAACUAGACACCUUGGAUUUAGAAAUAUGGAAUGACACGGGCGGAUACAGGACGCGUUGAAAUAAACUCGGGAUAACUCCUGCUUUAGUUCAAUCGUCCUCAGACCGUUUUUCGUUGACGUCUUAAAUGCAGAUUUUGGAGGUUAGUGCUGACAGUA